UAAUAUAUGUUGUAUAUGUAAAUCCUAGAUAUGACAAUAUGCGGAAUUCAUCCAUGAAAAUGAAAAACAAGGGGGGGUUGAUAUCGAUGGGACGCAUAACCGGAUAUGCUAAAAUGAAAAUAUGAAAAAAAAAGGCUAAUGAGAUCGAAAUAAUGAAUCAUAAAUAGAGUUCCAUUUCGGAAUUGGCUAGAUAAAACAAAGUCUUGCCUAUUAUGACAAAUAAAUCAAAGACUUUCCACAAAAAUUUUUUUUAUUCAUAUAUUUUUUAUUUUAAAACUAGGUUUUGGUUAGUUGAGCUUGAAAACGACUAUUCCUUCAUUGAAAUUUAAUUAAGUAAAAAAUUGAAUUGCAUAUUCGCUUGGGUGGUACCAAUGAAAUCGAGUGCUUACUCCCAUUUAUUAUUGAAUUAACCAAUGAAUUUACUAUCGAAGAUUUUUUCUGUAUUCGAAAAAUUUCGCAACAAAAUUGAACAUAUUUUUUUAUUAUGAGAAUAAAUCCUACUACUUCGGAUCCAGCGGUUUCAAUACGUGAAAAAAAACAACCUGGGACGUAUUGCCCAAAUCAUUGGUCCGGUACUGGAUGUAGCCUUUCCCCCGGGCAAGAUGCCUAAUAUUUACAAUGCUCUGGUGGUUAAGGGUCGAGAUACGCUUGGUCAAGAAAUUAAUGUGACUUGUGAAGUACAGCAAUUAUUAGGAAACAACCGAGUUAGAGCUGUAGCUAUGAGCGCGACCGAGGGUUUAAAGAGAGGGAUGGACGUGGUUGAUAUGGGAAAUCCUCUAAGUGUUCCAGUCGGCGGAGCGACUCUAGGACGAAUUUUCAAUGUACUUGGGGAACCUGUUGAUAAUUUAGGUCCUGUCGAUACUCUCACAACAUCUCCUAUCCAUAAAUCCGCGCCUGCUUUUAUAGACUUAGAUACAACCUUAUCUAUUUUUGAAACAGGAAUUAAAGUAGUAGAUCUUUUGGCCCCUUAUCGUCGUGGGGGAAAAAUCGGACUAUUCGGUGGGGCUGGCGUGGGUAAAACAGUACUAAUUAUGGAAUUGAUCAACAACAUUGCCAAAGCUCAUGGUGGUGUAUCCGUAUUUGGUGGAGUAGGCGAACGAACUCGUGAAGGAAAUGAUCUUUACAUGGAAAUGAAAGAAUCUGGAGUCAUUAAUGAACUAAACCUUGCGGACUCCAAAGUAGCCCUAGUCUACGGUCAGAUGAAUGAACCGCCGGGAGCUCGUAUGAGAGUUGGUCUGACUGCCUUAACUAUGGCAGAAUAUUUCCGAGAUGUUAAUGAGCAAGACGUACUUCUAUUUAUCGACAAUAUCUUCCGUUUUGUACAAGCAGGAUCCGAGGUAUCCGCUUUAUUGGGUAGAAUGCCUUCUGCUGUGGGUUACCAACCCACCCUUAGUACCGAAAUGGGUUCUUUACAAGAAAGAAUUACUUCUACGAAAAAAGGGUCCAUAACCUCUAUUCAAGCAGUUUAUGUACCUGCAGACGAUUUGACUGACCCUGCUCCUGCCACCACAUUUGCACAUUUAGAUGCGACUACCGUACUAUCAAGAGGAUUAGCUGCUAAAGGUAUCUAUCCAGCGGUAGAUCCUUUAGAUUCAACGUCAACUAUGCUACAACCUCGAAUCGUUGGCGAGGAACAUUAUGAAACUGCGCAACAAGUAAAGCAAACUUUACAACGUUACAAGGAGCUUCAGGACAUUAUAGCUAUCCUGGGGUUGGACGAAUUAUCCGAAGAGGAUCGCUUAACCGUCGCAAGAGCACGAAAGAUUGAGCGUUUCUUAUCACAACCUUUUUUCGUAGCAGAAGUAUUUACAGGUUCUCCGGGAAAAUAUGUUGGGCUAGCGGAAACAAUUAGAGGGUUUAAUUUGAUCCUUUCCGGAGAAUUUGAUUCUCUUCCUGAACAGGCCUUUUACUUAGUGGGUAACAUCGAUGAAGCUACUGCGAAGGCUACGAACUUAGAAAUGGAGAGUAAAUUGAAGAAAUGACCUUAAAUCUUUGUGUGUACUGACUCCGAAUCGAAUUGUUUGGGAUUCAGAAGUAAAAGAAAUCAUUUUAUCUACUAAUAGUGGACAAAUUGGCGUAUUACCAAAUCACGCGCCGAUUGCCACAGCUGUUGAUAUAGGUAUUUUGAAAAUACGCCUUAAUAACCAAUGGUUAACAAUGGCUCUGAUGGGCGUUUUGCUAGAAUAGGCAAUAAUGAAAUUACUAUUUUAGUAAAUGAUGCAGAGAAGAAUAGUGACAUUGAUCCACAAGAAGCUCAGCAAACUCUUGAAAUAGCAGAGGCGAACUUGAGAAAAGCUGAAGGCAAGAGACAAACAAUUGAGGCUAAUCUAGCUCUCAGACGAGCUCGGACACGCGUCGAGGCUCUCAAUACGAUUUGAUUUUGUAACUAGCUGACGUAUAAAAAAAUAGGAUCCAAAAGCGA